AAGAAAAGUGAUUCUGAAUCAGUACACUGAUUCCCUGAGUCUGUUGAAGAAAAGUGAUUCUGAAUCAGUAUACUGAUUCCCUGAGUCUGUUGAAGAAAAGUGAUUCUGAAUCAGUACAAUGAUUCCCUUUUUGUUUCUUGUUCUUUCUUACAGUAUCCAAGGCAAACCUCCCCCCACAGAACCCAGUAAUGGGCCCAAGCCGGGAGGAUCGGUCGGCGGCGUCCCCGAUCAGAGCCACUCUCCCCGGAAGAGCCCUCAGGGGGACAUGGGCGGCCCUAAAUCGCCCUACUCUUUGCCCCAGAUUGCCCCAAUGCCCAGCAGUAAGCUGUGCCCGGUGUGUAAGACAGCUGACCUGACGGGCGUCACGGACGGACAGCCGAACUGCAACACGUGCACGCAGUGCCGUGCCACAGUGUGUAACCAGUGCGGCUUCAACCCCAACCCACACCUCACAGAGGUGCAGGAAUGGCUGUGUCUGAACUGCCAGAUGCAAAGGGCAUUAGGAAUGGACAUGGACACCCCACGAUCCAAGAGUCAGCAGCAGAUCCAUUCUCCGCAGCAGUCCACCAAACCCCAACCUCGAACUGCGCCCCAAACUCCAUCUUCGACCCAAGCCAAACCUUUCCCGGCAUCCCAGAAUGAACUAAAAUCUCAAUCUCAACCAUCCACCCCCCUGAAAACACAAACCCAAGUGAAAACUCAACUCGAACCCUCUCCAUCAACCCAAACCCAAGCAAAACCUCAACCCCAACACUCUCCAUCAACCCAAACCCAAGCAAAACCUCAACCCCAACCCUCUCCAUCAGCCCAAACCCAAGCAAAACCUCAACCCCAACCCUUUCCAUCAGCCCAAACUCAAGCAAAACCUCAACCUCAACCAUCUCCAUCAGCCCAAACCCAAGCCAAACCUCAAUCCCAGACUACACCAUCAGCCCAAACCCAAGCCAAACCUCAAUCCCAGACUAUUCCAUCAGCCCAAACCCAAGCCAAACCUCAAUCCCAACCUCCGACCCCUUCGCACACUCAACCGAAACUUCCGUCCACCCCUCAGACUCAACGAAAAUCUCAAUCCCAGCCUGCGACUCCCACCAAAUCUCAACCGAAUCCUCCUCCAUCGGAGCAGCCGUUUGGCAAGCUCUUCGGAUUUGGCGCAUCCCUCCUGAACCAGGCCAGCAGUCUGAUAUCGCUCGACCAGCCGCAGCCUCAGUCUCAGCCUCAGUCUCAGCCUCAGACACCUCAGAAGGCUCCAACAGCAACUCCAAAACCCAGCGCCCAACCCAGACCCCAUCCUGGACCCCAACCUGGAGCGCCGUCUCAGCAGCAGAAGAGUAGACCCAAAGUGUGCUGCCCGCUGUGCAAGACCGAGCUAAACGUUGGUGUGCCUACAGAACCUCCCAAUUACAACCACUGCACCCAGUGCCACGCCCAGGUCUGCAACAUGUGCGGCUUCAAUCCCACGCCUCAUCUCACUGAGAAGAAAGAAUGGCUCUGCUUGACAUGCCAGACGCAGAGAGCCAUUUCAGGGGAAUUAGGGGCUGGCCCAUCUCCCGUUCCUCAGCCGAUGCCAUCUCCCCGAGCGCCAGGUCCAACCACCCAACAGCUGCAGGCUCAACUGAGGCUGCCCAGUCAGCAGGCAGGGGUAAGGCAUGCCAGUCCUCAGCAGCAAAAAACGUCUGGUGCCCAAGUAAGUGGUCCUCUCCCUUCUACCAAACAAGGAACACCACAGAGCAAGGGUCCCACUCAAGUGUCUCCUGCCAAGACACCCCCUACCCAACCUGCGAGCAAAAGCAAGGCAGAGACUCGCAAACAAGAGCAAGGCAUUAGCAAGAAACAAGCAGUGUCCAAAACUGAGAAAGAAGGUGACGUGAAAGCGUUCCAUAAGAAAGGAGUGCAGGAAGUAAAAGACCAGAAGAAAAGUAGUGACUCGCAGAAAUCUAAACACCAUGACGAUUCCAACAAGUCCAGUACACAGAGUCUGAGUGACACGGGCUACUCCUCCGAUGGCAUAUCGGGCUCCCAGAGUGAGAUCACUGGCCUCAUCCGGGAGGAGGGAAUUAAACUCAGCGAGGGAGGCUUGUCUACCCAACGCAGUCCUCCCAGCUCCUCAGAAAUAAAAAAACUUGAGAGUUCUAUGCGACCUCUGUUGCAGUCAGAGACGGCCUCUGAAAUUGAUAAGCAAAGACCACAUUCGCUGUCCAUAACACAAGACCAGUUUGAUUCCGAUGGGGAAGUAUCCGAUGACCUUAGUUGCAAAUUACGUCAUGACUAUGUGGAGGAUAGCAGUGAAAGUGGCCUGUCUCCUUUACCAACCAGACAGAAAUUGCAGAAGGACCUAACAGAUGAGGAGUUUAUGAGAAGACAGAUUUUGGAAAUGAGUGCAGAUGAGGAAGAAAUGGUAGAGACUGAAGGUCAUGUGAAAAACAAAAAGAGUCAUAAACACAGUGGUGAUCUGGGAAAAGAGAGGCGACGCCUUACACAACAAUCUAACAGUUUUGAGGAUGACACUAAAAAUAAUGAUGGUACAUACAAGUCCAGUGAAGGGGAUGAUAUGAUGGGUUCACAAGGAGGCCUAAGGCGAUUUAAGACUAUAGAACUGAAUAAUACUAACAGUUAUAAUCGUGAUUUGGAACUUAGCACAGAGCAUGACCUUAGAGAACCUGAGCUUGAGAUGGAAAGCCUGACUGGAUCACCUGAAGAAAGGUCAAAGGGAGAGUAUUCCUCAACCCUUCCUGCUUCCACACCUAGUUAUACAUCUGGCACCUCUCCCACCUCUGUGUCAUCAUUGGAGGAUGAUAGUGAUAGUAGUCCUAGCAGAAGGCAAAGGCUCGAGGAGGUUAAGCAGCAGAGGAAAGCAAGGCAUCGAUCCCACGGCCCGCUCUUACCAACAAUUGAGGACUCAUCUGAAGAAGACGAACUGAGGGAAGAGGAAGAACUCUUGAGAGAACAGGAGAAGAUGAGAGACUUGGAACAGCAAAGGAUUCGCAGUACAGCCAGGAAAACAAAAAGGGACAAGGAGGAACUCAGGGCACAGAGACGCAGAGAGAGGUCAAAGACUCCCCCCAGCAACCUGUCACCAAUCGAGGAUGCUUCCCCAACAGAGGAACUUCGGCAAGCAGCUGAAAUGGAAGAACUUCACAGAUCGUCCUGUUCGGAAUACUCUCCCACUAUGGACUCAGAGGCAGAAGGAUUUGAAGUGGGCUCUAAACUUUACAAGUCUGGCAGUGAGUACAAUCUUCCGACUUUUAUGUCUCUGUAUUCGCCUACAGAAAAAACAUCUGCUGCGUCACCAUCUGCGGUACACAAAUCAUUAAAAAGCGCUGAGGAGGUUUAUGAGGAAAUGAUGAGAAAGGCAGAGAUGAUGCAAAAACAGCAGGGACAACCGGGAAGACAAGGGCAGCAAGGGGCCUCCCAUUUAGCAAAUAAUCAGCACUUAAGAACAGGGUCAACAUCUUUGAGUCCAGGCACAAGCCCCACACAGAUGUCAGCACCUGUAGCAUUUUCGGAAAGUGGCACUAGUGGGAAAGGGACAGCCAGGGUUAAUGAUACACAACAAAAUCAGGCCAGGGUACCUACCCAAACCUCCAAAAUUUCACAGUCUCAGCCACAAGUGCAUCACCCUGCUCCUGGACAGCAACAAGUACGGCCUGCCCAGGGUCAAAGUCCGGACUCACAAACAACUACACUAACCUCUAAGUUGUACUCAGCUUCUUCCUCUCCUACACAAAGUCCAACUCAUGCAAAAGUAGACACAUCAUCUGUGCCAUCUACUCCCCAAGGCUCCCACAUUCCUCAAAGAACCGGGUCCCCUCGCCUUGUGAGACAACAGUCCUCCCAAGAUACCCCAGUCAUGGUGAUAACACUAGGAUCAGGCACCACUACUCAGCCUCCAAAACCAAUAACUGUAAAUUCUUCUACAUCCCCUCUCUCUUCUCCAACAAGUAGCCAGCAACAGCCAAUUUAUCGUACCCAGUCUCCAGUAACAAGUUCUCCUACAUCACCACAAAUGUCUCAGCUCACCUAUCAGAGAGGACAAGCAGCUGAAAGAGUCACUACUGGGUCAAGCACUCCCUCCUGUGCAGGUUCUCAAAGCCAUAGAUCUGAAAACAUAUCACUGUGUAAAAUAUCCAGUGUUCCAGGAACCUCUAAGGUUAUUGAACAAGGGACAGUGGCCCAAAGUGAAAAUGUAGUUGAUCUUAGAUCAAUGAAGCCUUCUCCAAUUAUCAUGACAGACCAUGGUAUGGAUCUGACAUCAUUGGCAUCUGACACACGAAGGUACUCAGUUGAUGCAGACCAGCCCUCAAGUCGUCAUACAGCAGUACAACCUCAAGUUAUGAACCUAAAUGCACAGGCGCAACCUUAUGUGACAACAUCUACACCAACAACAGUUAGUGUUACUGUGGCAGCUUCUAUGUUCAUAUCACAGCCUAAACACCCAAUGGUUUAUGGAGAUCCACUGCAGAAUCGAGUGGACUUUGGUCAAGGUUCUGGAUCAGCUGUUUGUCUUUCUCAGCCGAGACCACCAAUAACAGACCCAUCAAUUCCAAAGAUAGAUGCAUGUCUGGAAGAUCUUAAUGUACAACAACUGCAGCUUCAAAAGCAACAGCAGAAACUCCAACAGCAACAAGAGCUCCUGGAACAACAGCUCCAACAGCACCAACAAAAUGCAGCUUCUUUUGCUCGUUACAACUUAGCAAACCAAAUGCACCCAAUAUUGUUAAAGAAAGACUUAGUGGUAUGCCAGACCAGUGGGGCAAACACACAAACAGUGGUUAGUGCCAUUCCCAAAGUAUCCCCACUUCCACCACAGCCCUUACCAAGCUCUGUAUCUCCUACCCCUACUAUUGGCCACGACAUAUAUGGUGGGGUUGCUCUGGAACUAAAAAAUAAGCCCACUGUAGCUAACCUCUCAACAGGAAAGCCCCAUGUAAUGAUGGUACAGUUAGAUGAGAAUAGUUCAUCACAAGGGGGUACAGUUACCCAAAUAGUUAAAAGGGAAGAGCCAGCAGCGGAGGUUCUUGAUCUCACUGGACAGAUCAAGUCAGAGAACCAAGUGGCCUGCUGUGAUGUUGUCUACCAGUUGCCAUUUGCUGGUAGCUGUUCAGGUUCUUUUGGUCAGAGGGGCAAAACAACUAUUUCAGAGCCAAAUACUUCUGCUGAGCCUACCACAGCCCCUCACCAACAAACUCAGCUAGAAAAAGAUGGUUACCAGCCAGUAAAUAUGCAGGGGGUAUCAGAGGAGCAUAAACCUUUCACCAUGCCCCCACCUGGACAACUUCCACCAUCAAUGUCAGACACAAAUCUUGCAGAAUCAGGACUUCAGUACUAUCCAAGGACAGAUCCUGGGGAACUAGCAGUGGAUUUAAGCUCUAUGAGACAAGCAUAUGAAGCAGGAUAUCUUGGAAUGGGUGCCCAAUAUGGAUCCUACACUGAUUUGCGUCAUCAAGGAGAUGUUUCAACCCCACCACUACCUCUGCGUAGAUAUGGCUCAAUGUCCAAUAUCAGUGGAGAUUUUGGCUAUCCGUCUCGUGACUUGGCAGGCACUCAAGAACCAAAUCUUGCACAGUACAGUGCCACCACUGCCAGAGAAAUUAGCAGAAUGUGCGCUGCUCUUAACUCAAUGGAUCAGUUUGGAAAUCGUUAUACAAACAGCCCCGAUCUUCUUCAAUAUGGUGCUGGAAGAGGAGGCCCAAUAGGAAGGCUUGGUCUUCAACAAGGUCUAACAUCUAUCAGAGCAAACCUUCUUUAUGGCCCAGAUGGGAGGCCCACAGCACAUGGACAAGCACUUACAAAUCUAAUCAAUGCUAGACAGGCUAGCCUGCGGGCCUUAUAUCCUCCUGUUUUGAGGACCGCUGAUGGCAUGAUAUACUCCACUAUAAACACACCUAUAGCAUCCACCUUACCAAUCACAACCCAACCUGCCCCUGUACUUAAUUCUAUGCUAAGAGGAGUCUACAGGCCUUAUCCUCCAGGCAGUGUGACAGCUGUUCCUCUUUCCAGCCUUAGUAUAUUGCCUCAUGUCACUCCAAGGAUGCCUCUUUCUGCACAGGGACCUUACAGAUACUCGGCUCCAACCCAUUUUCCAGCAUCUGCCUCAGAAGCUAUUUCAGGGAGUGUGCCAACUACAAGUACCUCCCAAGAAACUCCUGUCUAUCUUGGUAAGCCUUCAGUACCUGGCACAAUUAUAUCAACUACAACAUUACCACCUGCACCUAGAGCUACUCUUCAAACUAGUGCUGUGCCAGCCCAACCAACUAUUUUAAACCAACAGACUUCUCAGGGUCAUAUUCCAGUAGAUGCUCCCACAGUCCUUCCUCCCACUCAAAGUCAAAUUCCACAGUCAAUUCAGCAGCAAAUACAGGCACAAACACAGCCUCAAGCAUUGACCAAAAGUAAAGAUUUGUCUCAGACACAGGCCCACUUAUCAGUGCCACAAUCACAGCCACAGGCAGCUACUAGAGUAUUGCCAGAUACAGCAGUUAGUGGUAUUACUAACACAUCUACGGACAAAGAAAAGGAGAAAGAGGAAGAGCGUUUACGACAACAACAACUUCAUCUGGAGAGAGAGCGCAUUGAGUUAGAGAAGUUUCGUCAGUUGCGUCUUCAAGAAGAGCUGGAGAGGGAUCGCUUAGAGCUACAGAGGCACAGGGAGAAAGAACAACUUCUUGUGCAGCGUGAGAUUCAAGAACUGCAGAGCAUCAAGCAGCAGGUCCUCCAGCAACAGCAGGUUGAAAGAGAAACUCAAUUGGUAAUACAGAGAGAGCAGCUGGCCCAGCAGAGGAUGCAACUAGACCAAAUUCAGGCUCUGCAACAGCAACUCCAGCUACAGCUUGAAGAGCAGAAGCGGCAAAAGACAGCAGCCGUUGAAGCAGUGGCAGCAGUGGCAGCAGCCGAAGCAGCUGUUGCUUCUGCGGCUGCUGCAGCAGCAGCCACAACUGCUCAAGGUGCCAUAAAUGGUAUGAUGGUUGGUGGAGCCCCUCAAGCAAUUUCCAUCAUCUGUGAUCAGAGUGGAAGGGUUAUUCCACAAGAUGGCCAGAGCUUGCAGUUUUUACCUUGCAUGGAUGGGCAGAUGGUUCAAGCGCUGGUGUCUACAAGACCUAUGCCCAGCUCAGCCUCUGAAAUGUCCCUGAGGAACAGUGAUGAUCAGGGAAGUAGCCAUGCUAUAAAGAAACAGAAUUCAAUGCCCCGCUUGAGGAAUGGCACUGAGGAGGAACCUGUGAAAAGGAUCGCGGACAGCAGUGUCCAAACUGAUGAUGAAGAUGCAGAGGAUCGGUUUAUGUCACGACGAAGAAGGACCAGGCGUAUUGCUGACUGCAGUGUCCAGACAGAUGAGGAGGACCAGGGGGAGUGGGACAGCCAGCCAGUGCGACGUCGACGCUCAAGGUACUCCAAACAUUCUGAAUCAAGUGCCGAAAAUAAAAGCGAUGCAUCUAAAGUGACUUCCAGCAUAGCUAUCCAGACCACCAGUGACUCCUCAUGUCAAACCGAAUCAGAUCAGCUGGGCAGAGUCUCUCCAGCCAUUCACAUCACCACAGCUGAGACAUCAAAGGUUGAACUGCUUCAUUACAUCUCUGCACCAGAGAGGACACACAAGGGAGAGAGUUUAGCCUGCCAGACUGACCCAGAAGCACAGUCUCAAGGGGUGGUUGUUCCUCAGCUCAGUGUUCCCACCACAGUCAGCCCCUACUCCACCAGUUUACAGGUGGUUGGUGCCACACCAGCCAAGUUUGAACGAAGGAAACCGGACCCACUAGACAUUGGGCUGCAAACACAGCAACCAAUUGAUACACGUCCACCCAAAUCCCCACAAGUGUUGUAUUCCCCUGUGUCUCCCCUGUCCCCCCACCGCAUGCUGGAGACAAACUUUGCCUCCAGUGAAAAGCUCAACAGGGCACAUGUCACACCCCAGCAAAAGGCCUUAAUUACUGAAUCCCCCAAGAGGCAUCAAACAAUUCCAAGACCAAUAAAAAGUGUUCAGCGCUCCAUGUCAGAUCCCAAACCCCUCAGCCCAACUUCAGAGGACCCAUCUAAGACCAAAUUUUCGCUGUACCAGGGUCAAAACUCGUCAGGCAAUCAGCUACAGAAUUCGAUGAUGAGGAAAGUCAAACGAACUCUCCCAAGCCCCCCACCAGAUGAGGUGCCCCUCCCCAUUGUAACCCCUGCAAUGAGCCACAUGUACAGCUCCCCUGGAAUGCCCCAGAGAGUGUUGCCCCGUCAAGUACAAGGCGUCACUAAAGCAGGUCUUCUGAGUGAGCUGAAAGCUGUAGAACAAGAGUCUUCCAAGCUACGUAAACAACAAGCAGAACUUGAGGAAGAAGAGAAAGAGAUUGAUGCUAAGCUACGCUGUUUGGAACUAGGCAUUACCCAGCGCAAGGAAACUAUGGUAAAAGAACGAGAGAGGAGAGAACUGGCCUACCUGCGAGGCAUCGGGGAUGCACGGGACUACAUGUCAGACAGUGAACUCAACAACCUUAGAUUAACUGGAGUACCAGCAGGGACCUAUGAAACGAAUGGACUGUUGUCGAGACCAAGCACAGCACCUCUUAGCCAAUUUACUUCUGAUCCAAAUGUGACUUCUCAGUACCCACCCACCUCCUCUUAUGUCCCAUAUCCAUAUCCACAGAGCCAACCUGCACCAACACAGCCACCAACUGCAGCCUAUCAGCAGAUUGGAUUUCAAGCACCACAAUAUCCAACGCCAUCCCAGCCUCAGCCAGGCACCUUUCAGCCCCAUCCUUCUCAACCCUCAUCCUAUCAACCACAAGGGGGCUACCAGAGUCAUGGGUAUGCCCAGUCAUAUCAGCCAGACCUAGGCCUGCAGCAGCCAAGCCACCAGAGCUUUCAGCCUCCUGCAGCUCAUUUACCUGGACAGACAUUACCAUAUCCUGGCCAAAAUCUGCCCUUCCAGGCCCAAGCUGAUAUUCUUUCUGGUCAUCAGCUGCCACGACAUACAUCACUGGCUGAUCUUGAACAGAAACUGCCAACCAAUUAUGAAAUAAUUACUAAUCCUGCAGUGUCAGUAGCCACAUCAGCUCAGGAAACUGGCUUCAGUGGUGCCUAUUCUUCACCCUUGACAAAUGCUUAUGGGCCAUAUCGUACCCCUGACCAAACAAUGGCAGACCGCAUACCAAGUCCUACAUCUGGGUAUAGUACAGAUGGGCUCUAUACCACAAAUCUAGAGCAAAAUAUACCCAGAAACUAUGUAAUGAUAGAUGAUAUAAGUGAACUGACAAAGGAGAACAUGGGAUCAUCUGAUGCUUCAAGGACAGGUUAUGGGAGUGAGAAUGGUCCACGGGGGAUUGGCUAUGGAGAUGGGUCUGAAGAUCUCUAUGGAAGAGCUGGCAGCACAACCAGUUACCACCAUCAGGGUGCUGUGGACAGUCAUGGCCGUCCUAGCACAACUGUGAGUGGUGGAUCUUCCUAUUAUUAUGAUGACUAUAAGCAUUCGUCUCGCAGUAGUUCUGGAAUGGGCAGUCAGAAGCAUUCCUCUAAGAACUUGGCACCAGCUGCUGUGUCCUCCAAGCGUAGUAAGCACAGGAAGCAAGGCAUGGAGCAGAAGAUUUCCAAAUUCUCCCCUAUUGAAGAGGCACGAGACGUAGAAACGGACUUGGCCUCCUACACAGUGACAACACCAUCAGGUGGAAGCUGUACCAUGGUUUCUAGAUCAGGGGUAAAAAAGAAUGUCUAUGAUCAACAGAAGUACUAUGGCUCAAGAGAAGGCUUGGAUGAAGAUGAUCGUCUGUACAGCUCUGGAAGGUCAAGGUCCACAGGCUAUGGCAUGGAUAAGAUCUCCUCCAGAGACUCAGGAGGGCACAGAAGUAAAUCAUAUGAGAGAGAUGCCAUGGAGCGAUCUCAGAGGGGUGCCCAUAGCCGCAGUGGACGUUCCAACAUGCGUACUCAGAACUCAGAGGAAGAGAGUCCACUGAGCCCAGUGGGGAAACCUGUGGGUAUGGGACGUGUCUCAGACCCACAUGAUGUUAGAAACCAGUAUGGCUCCAGCCAUUCCCUUCCUGAUGUUCAGGAUCAUCACAUAAGAGAUAUACCUAAGAGCCAUACCUACAAGCCAGAUGACCCAUACCUAGUGGAUGAUAUGCACUGUGCUGUUUCGGAUAGCGAAGCAUAUCAUUUAGGACAGGAGGAAACAGACUGGUUUGAAAAACCACGGGAGGCCACUUCCGAUCGUUCCAGACAUCACGGGAGUGGAAGCCACUCCUCUUCAGGUAAGAGAAGCAAUGUCAAGCACACUUACCAUGAUUAUGAUGAACCCCCAGAGGAAGACUUGUGGCCACAAGAUGAAUACAGCCACCAACGCCAUUCCUCUUCCACCUCAUCCCGAGAACACCGGCAUCAUGCUAGCAGCUCAGGACGUCACUCAUCGUCCCGACAUUCCGCUGAAGAGUCUAGAUCCUCCCGUUCUACAAGAUCACACCCUAAGGACCCAUCAGCUCGCUCUGAAGGGCGUGGCACUUCAUCCUCUUCGCAUAAAAGAUCCUCAGAUCCCCGAUCUUCACAGUCAGGGUACCGGGACUCCGGCGAGUACUCCCGUGACCCUGCAUCCGGACACCAUCAUAGCUCUAGUGGUCAGCGGGGGCAAAGGCAAUCUGGAGCUUCCAGGCGGCAAGAAUCUCCUUCGUCCAAGCAACAGCAACAGCAACAGCAACAGCAGCAGCACCAACAGCAGCAACAAGGUUCUGUAGGUCAACAGCAACCCCCACAGCAGGUACAGCAAAGGUCCACAACACAGCCGCCAGCUGGCAGGCAGCCUGGAUCUCAGCAGCCUGAAACUGGGCAGCAGGGGCAACAGACCAGCCAGCAACCUCGUACCCAGCAGCAGCAGUUACAACCACAGCCUGGACAACAGCCAGCAACAACCACAGCAGGUGUUACUCAGCCCACAGCCGUGGCUUCUGGUAUCGGAGCUGGGGCCGCUCAGCAACAACCUAAGCCAAGCCAGGCUCCAGCAUCAGGACAACCGCUGGCUGCAGGAUCAUCCACAGCUCAGCCGACUGCUGCUGGGGGAGGACAUAUGAAACCUGACACUGCUCCUGUUGCACCAACUCCCGCAGUUGCUAUUGGAUCUAAAGCUACACCCCAGCCUGCUAAAGCCCCUACAACCCCAGCCACAGCCAUUGGGUCAAAAGCAGCUCCCCGUCCAGGUGGCAUAGGCAGUGCAGCCCAGCCAACACAGCAACCCACGGAGAGUGAAAACGUUUUCAGCAAAAUCCUGCCGGGCGGCGCCGCUGAACAAGCAGGAAAACUAGGAGACGCCGUGUCUGCUAUCGGCAAGAAGUUUACUUCGUUUUGGUGAGCUGCUAACUGGACGGUUCAUUAUGGCUGAGCAGGGGAUUGUCACUGGAAAAAAACAUUGGAAACUGUUUCUGCCAUCUUACCCAUUAAUCUGUGGAUGGAGGACACCUGAGAACCGGUGGAUGAUCUGGCCUGGAAAAAGGGAACGAAGGGAUCCACAGAGCGUCCCCUCUGAGCGUCCUGUCCGACAGCUCGGCCCGAGCCCCACCAUCGUCUCAGAUGAGACGCUCCACUCCACUGCACGUGGAUUAAGGAGAUGUCUCCGGAAUAUUCACUUUUACCUAAUCGUGUGCUCAGGUGUCCUCCUCUUUCUCUCUCUCUCUCUCUCUCUCUCUAUCUCUCUUACACACACACACACACACGCAUAUUAAUGACGACAGAAGCAGUUCCUGAAGCUUUUUUCCAGUCCCAGUCCUGAACCCGAGACUUUCUGAGACUGAGCGGACAUUUACACUAAGGCGAUGAUUGACCUUCUCUUUGAAUGUUUAUUUUUUUGUUUGUUUGGUUUUUUUUUGUCUUUCUUUCCGUGAUCUGUUUGUUAUGUGCACUCGAAUGCAAUCGUGUAAAGUGUCGUACAUGCGACUGCACGCAUGGAAGUAGAUGUCUUAUAUAUAAACCCAUAAGCACUCACAAUCUUCUCAUGAUCUCCAAAGAAGAUGAGGAGGAGGAGGAGGAGGAGGAAGAAGAGGAGGAGGAGGAGGUGAUGGCGGUGUGACGAGUUUAGAGUUCAGCUCUGACAUCACGGCGUUCCCCUCGCUCUUUCAGCCAUGAUCACACCAUCGCUAGUCGAUCGCACACAGAACCCCAGUUCUCGUAUUAUGAUUAUUUUUCAUUUCUUUUCCAUUUCAUAUUUUGUUGGCCUGAUUUACGUUACGAUUAAGAGCCUUAUCCGUUUUUUUUCACAUACCUCAUGAUUGUUUUUUUUUGUUUGUUUGUUUGUUUUUUUAAAGAAUCAUCCGUUGUUUUGUUUGCACAGCUGUAUUCUACUGUACAGAGACGCGUCUUUCUGGAGCGAUAUUGUAAAUCACUGGAGUAUUUAUGGAUUUUUAUUCAUAUGUGUUUGUAAUUUGUUUAUUUAUACUGCAUUGAUGUUGUUGUUGUUGUUGUUUUUUUGUUGGUGUGUAUCCUUAAUUAUGAAUUGUUAAUUUAUUAUGGUUUUUAUUAUUUGGACGUUGAUUUCCUCAGAGCAAUAGCAUGCACGUUGUUAUAGAGCACAAUGAUUUUUCUCGUCGAAAUCAAUCGAGUCCCUUGAUUAUGAAAUCGCGAAGCGUGUCGGUGGAUCGUCUGCAAGCGCUGAACAGUUCCCAUCACACAUACACACACACACACACACACACACACACACAUAAUCAAAACCGAAAUCGCCGUCUCUUGAGUUUCCAUUUCAGAUUCUCUAUGCAAUGAUCCAUUCCGAUCGUCGUUGCCGCAUUUCCACGCCGACGUCACGUCACGUCACGUCACACACGAAUACGGUUAUGAACUCGUUUGUAUUUACCUUCUUGUAUGUAUUGAGAUUAUUAUUAUUGAAAUUUUUGAAUGUUAUAUAUAUAUAUAUAUAUACAUAUAUAUAUUUUUUAAUUUAGUCGCAUGUUAUUUAUCGCCCCUGGUUUUUUUGGGGACUCUGUUGCCAAAGGGUUAGUCUGUCUUGGACGUCCACCAUCUUGUUGCUUGAAGCAUGGUUCUGCGUUCUGCCUGCUCGUGUGUAGUAAACUCCUCCCGUCCGCUCGUUCCGCUGUGAUCUGGCAACCCGCUUCACUCGUGGGCUCAUUACGACGUCUCCGAACAUCAGACUGCCUUCACACACAAACACGUUAUACGUUAUACGUUACAACUCCGCCAUCUUUCUUCUGUUACCCAAUCAGAGCAGGGUUUGUGGGUUAAUCGUCGAUUAUAGGGAUAUCCAGGAUGUCAAAGCCAUAGUGCACUACAUAGGGAGUGUGGAGGUGUAACGCGUGGAAUCUGCUCGUUGAGUCCUCAAUCCCAUUAUUACUGAAUCCCAAAAGCCGCAGUAUUCGACACUGAACCGAUCGAUAAAAGCCUGAGCCUGCUUUGUAGGGAGUAGAGAAGCGCACGCUAGAUAAAUCCCAAAAAUGCGUUUAGGAUUAAGACAGUGAUAAUUUCCAUACUGUCACUGCAAUGCCAAGUGAAUUCAAAUCAUUUUUAAUAGCCCUAGUGCACUACGUAUGAAAGGGGGUGGGGUUCAGGGGAGGCGGGGCAUUUGGGAUUUAGGAUUGAGCCCUUGUGUCAGAUCUUCAGACCAGCCAUACACUAAAAUCCCUAUUCAGCACUAGACUGUAGUUUGUACUGUAGUUUAUGAACCGCACACUGUAGGGAAUAAGGAUGCUUUUGGGAUCGAGCCUGAAUUUCAUCUCCUCACGGCUACACUACCUGAAAUUCACAAAUCUAAUCCCGUACACGGGCUCUGUCCCCAAAUCCUCUCUACGUGUUACCUAGUACACUAAGGCGUUUAUAACCAAAGUAGCACUGAAAACUCACGGGCUCAAUAGCAAACGCCUCCCAAGUCCUCAUGUAGGGCGCUAGGGCUUUUCCAGCUGGCUAGUGUGCACUACCUAGGGGAAAAGAGGGGAAAUUUUUUGACACUAGGUGUAAAGUGCAAUACUUUAUGUAGAUGGCCAGGAUGCGUUUGGGAUGGAGCUUUGAAAAUCGUUGAUUUUUAUUCGUUUUUUUUUUUUUUUGUAAUAAUCGUAGUCAGAACGAUGGGAAUGUUUUACAUCAUCGUUACCAUGGAGAUGCUGAAUAACGAGUGCAUGAGCCAGAGCGCUUUGUUACAGAAAACUGAACACGGAGAGAGAUAAACAUGCAUGACACACACACACACACACACACACACACACACACACACACACACACUGUAAAUACACACGAUUUUGUACAGCAUUUAAAUAUCAUGAGUGUAAAGGACGGCCAUCUUGUGCAUCCUCACGCCGGCCUCGCUGCCAACCUUUUGUGCUUUUUGUGUAUAAAAAGGAUGAUGAUGAUGAUGAUGAUUGUUAUUAUGAUUAUUAUUAUGAUUAUUAUUAUUACUGUUAUUAUUAUUAUGACAAAAUCAAGCAUCGUAUCUGUGGCUGGCUCUCGAUGACUGUUGAUAUUGAAACAGUGAAAAAAAAAAAUCUGCUCUGUGUAGAAUCUCCAUAUCGUGUAAAAAAAAAAAAAAAAAAAAAAAGGAAAAAAAAAGAA